AUUCGGCAUUCUUUCCUCCCGCGCUCCUGCUCCAUUCUAUAAAUGCUGGAGCCAGUCAUUAGACUGCAGAGGGCGGUAAGAAAAGCUGACGGUGGGAGCUUGGCGAACAAGCAGAUUAUUCUCUCCUUUUGCAGCUUGAGAUGCUCUAUUGAAACCCAGCGAAUAAACCCUAGGCGGGAGGGCCUUCGCCAACCUUUCGUUGGUAUUGUUCUGCCCAAUCCAAGGCCACUACUUGUAACUACAUCUGGUGAAAUGCUCGAUAAGACUGCAUCAUCUCUAGCUAAAUAUAAUUCUGAUGUAAGAGCAAUAGAUUCACCGUUGGAUGUUGGAAGCUCUAAUUGGAAUUACUUGAAGAGAACAUCCUUUCCUGAAACUAGCGCUUCAACUUUGAAUCAAUCGAUGCCUAUUAUUAGUCUUCUUGAUGUUGAAGCAUUGAGCAGUUUAUCAAACUCUCCAUGUCCUGCUGCAAUAGUUGGAUGUUUGGAGGAUUUCUUGCCUUCCAUGAUUGGAUAUUCAUUACCAAAUACUCAAGGAGAACAAGCAAAAAUUUCAAAUAAGGUUGAAUCUGAAGAAAUUGCAGAACCACCGUCAAAAUAUUGCUCUAAUGUCGCGCAACAAUCUGAAGCAAGCAUGGGAACGAAAAUGACUAGAGCUCCAAAAGUGCUUAGUAGUCGGAUAUAUCGAGCUAAGGUUGCUGAAGCAAUUAAAGCAUUGAAAAAUGCACUACCAUUUUCUGAAAUGGGUAAUCAAGCAUCUAUACUAGAUAAUGUAAUCGAUUAUAUCAAGUUUCUGAAACUUCGACUAAAUGUGUUGAGCCAAACUAGAUUGACCGGUGAAGCCUCAGCUCAUUCCUUCGUUCAUAUUGAGGGCUUCGGUCACUACUUACUACAUCCUCAGACAUACCAUCAGCCACUUGAGGAAAUGGUUGGGAAUCUUCUAAAGUCAAACCCACAGGUGGCCAAUGAGCUGCUUGAACACAAGGGCCUGGCCAUUGUGCCUAUGGAUUCUGCAUACACUGCUCUUCAAAAUAGCUUGAACCCGUGCUCCAAUUCAUGCCAGUAAUGAUCAAUUUUUACUUAAUAAUGUUUUCGUAAAUGACAUUUCUUAGCCAUUUAUUAAUAUACCUUACUUUUAGACUCUACAACUUCACCUGAAACAAACUUUUUGUGCUGUCCUAGCAUUCCUCCGGAACUAUAUUGUUUUGACGAGAAAUUUUUCAAAGUGCAACCUUGCCCUUC